UCUCUCUCUCUCUCUUAUUUUCUUUGUGAGAAUUUUCCACUUAAGCAUAACGCUUGAAAAACGUUCCUCCUUCUCUUCUCUUCUCUUCUCUUCUCUAUCUAUAUAUGUUUUGAGCAAAAACAGAGAGAUUUUGAAGGUCUGUGAUGAUAAUAAUAGUAGUAGUGUGUUGAGAAAUGGGGGCUUGUGUAUCAGUCCAGAGACACCCUGAUUCGAACAUGAAGUUUCGACUAUCGUUUCCGUCUAAAACUGACAAUCUUGUGAUUCCCUCACCCAUCAAAGAAAAAUCCAUCAUCUAUGGUGACCGUCCGAUCGCCCAAGCUGGACUCAAAUCUCAGUGGUCACCGUCUCUACCAGUGACGACUGUUCGUGAUUUUGUUGCAGGUAGUAAAGAAGAGGCCUUUUUUGAUUCCCAACCCUGGUUAGAGUCAGAUUGUGACGAUGAUUUUUUCAGUGUUAAUGGCGAUUUGACCCCAUCUCGUGGUAGUACUCCAGUCCACCACAGUUUCUGUGCAGGAACGGCACGUGCCAAUAGAGCCCUUUUUGAUGACAAAACCCCCAGAUCCCAACCCGAACCAUCCCCAAGGAAGACACUAGCUGACUUUUUUCGAGAUAGCUUGAGAAGCAACCAAGAUGUUGAUGAGCAGAACAUAUUAAGCAACCAAAAUGGGGUGAAUGAAAAAAUUGAAGCUAAGACGACUAUGCUUGGCCUCCAUCCAAUAUCUGUAAAUGGUACCCCUUUUGUCUCUGGAGCUAAUUCUGUGUGCAGUAGCGAAAGAACUCCUAAUGGAGAUUACAGACCACAGAAGGAGAAACCAAUGAAGUCCGUGCAGUGUUGUCUUCCGAGAAUCCUUUCAAGCCGUAGCUUCAAUGAAAGGAAGAAGUGGACGAGCCCUGCUCGUAGUGUCGGGUAAUUUAACCGAUUUCCCGUUACGUUUAGUACUAUGUAUAUGAUAUGAAGCUGCCAUAAUAUGGAAGCUUUGAGAUUCUGUGGAUUUGCUUGACUUUGAAUCCAUGAGAUUUUGAGUACAUAUAUAAAGACAUCGGUGGUUAGCUCUAGUGAAAAUUUACCCUUUAAAGAACAUGUGUAAAGUAGAACAUGUGUAAAGUGGUAGUUAGUAUGGUUAUUGUCCAUAACUAUAAAUUAUCUCAAGGUGACUUUUGCCUUCCAAGUUUAUAUUUUCAUAAUGAGAUGACCAAAGAAAUGGGUCCUUUAGGGCCAUGUGUUGUUUCCAA